GUGCAGUACCGUCAAACUUGAGCCAAGUGACGAUCACCCUCAAUAAUGGCGCGUACAGAGGAAACAAAACUCGACCUCUUCCUUCAAUGGCUUCAGGUGAACGGAGCUCAAUUCCGCGGCUGCAAUAUCAAGUAUUGCGACUCCACCAAAGGCUUCAAUAUUUUUUCCUCCAAUGAUUCCCCCAAAGAUGGGGUUCUUCUUGUGGUUCCAUUGGAUUUAGCAAUAACUCCGAUGAGAGUACUGCAAGAUCCUUUAAUUGGAGCAGAGUGUAGAGCGAUAUUUCAAGAAGGACAAGUUGAUGAUAUGUUUUUAAUGAUUUUAUUUCUUACUGUGGAACGUCUCCGAAAGAAUUCUUCGUGGAAACCGUAUCUUGAUAUGCUUCCCACCACUUUUGGGAAUCCAUUAUGGUUUACCGAUGAUGAGAUGCUGGAAUUGAGAGGAACAAUCUUGUAUAGAGCAACUGAAUUACGGAAAAAGGAUUUGAUUUCUGUGUACGAAGAUAAAGUGAAGGGUUUGGUGAAGAAACUUCUUGCUCUUGAUGGAGUUUCAGAAAGUGAGGUCUGCUUUGAAGAUUUCCUUUGGGUGAAUUCUAUAUUUUGGUCUCGUGCUCUGAACCUUUCUCUUCCACAUUCUUAUGUAUUUCCCCAAAUUCAAGAAGAUACCGAGACAACCUGUCCAGUUGAAAGAAGUUCUGAGGUGACCAUCAGUCAUAGUGGACUAAGUGGAGAGUCUGUUAAUGAAAUUGAUGGAAAAGAUUUGAGGGUCAUGAGAAUGAUAACAAAGUCAAUGGAGAAACUUCCAAAUCGAAACAAGAAGAAACUGUCUAGGCGGAGGAGGGUCUUCUCCCUGGUAUUGACUUUUGCAACCAUGGCAGUGGCAACAUGGGAAGUUCAUGUCCCAAAGUUCCCUUUGUUUGGGGCUCUGUUGCUAUGCUUUUAA